AACACGGGAUCCUUUCUCGCUAUGCUUGGCCGCAAAACGUGUGCGCAUGCGCGCUGCGUCAUCUCCCGAGCAGGCCGAGCUUCUUUACCUUCCGCAGCGGAAACACAACAAGUGAAAAGGCUACAGGAGAAAUAAAGCGAGAAACCAGAAGAAGAACGGGGGGAGCAGUUGAUGACGAGCCCCCGUAACACCAAGCGGUGCGUCCGCGUGCACGCGUUUUGAAUGAGGGAACCAUGAGGUCCUUCAGCCGGACCGGGCCGCCGGUUCCGGUCUUGCUCCUGCUCCUGCUACAGGCCCGGUGGGCGCGGGCCGGACGCUCGGACCGCGCCGUCUUAGCGUCGGAGGAGUACGUGAACGCCAAGGUCAGCGCCAGCGUGACGGACGCGCGGGGGCACGCUGUCCACGUCAUGAGCAGCGAAGUGGGUACUUACGGACUCAACUCGCCCAAAGUGGACACACGCUCGCUGCUAGUGGUCACGCCCGCGCCGCGCCACGGAGUGGUGGACCAUCAGGGCUGCGACCCCAACACGCGUUUCGUGGCGCCUCCCCGCGGCAUCCAGUGGGUGGCGCUGCUACAGAGAGGAAACUGCACCUUCAAGGAGAAAAUCCUCAAGGCGGCCGCCUUCAACGCGUCCGCCGUGCUCAUCUACAACAACUCCACCAACAAGACGGUCAAAAUGGGCCACGAAGGGACGGGCGACACGGUGGCGGUGAUGAUCACCGAAGCGUACGGCAAGGAGAUCUUGGCCCUCCUGGAGCGCAACCUGAGCGUGGCAGUCACCGUCCUGGUGGGUCAACGCGGACCCGUCAACCGAGGCUCGCUGGUCUUCGUCUCCGUCUCCUUCAUCGUGCUCAUGAUCAUCUCCUCCGCCUGGCUCAUUUUCUACUUCAUCCAGAAGAUACGAUACGGCGCCGCCGCGCACCAAGGACACCGUCGUCUGGGCGACGCGGCCAAGAAGGCCAUCGGGAAGUUGGGCACCAGAACGGUCAAGAAAGGAGACAAGGAGACGGAUCCCGACUUCAACCACUGCGCCGUUUGUAUUGAAGCUUACCAGCUGAACGACGUGGUCCGUGUCCUUCCUUGCAAGCACGUCUUCCACAGGGCCUGCGUGGAUCCUUGGCUGAACGAGCACUGCACGUGUCCCAUGUGCAAGUUGGACAUCCUCAAGGCUCUGGGCGUGGCGAGCGGCGGCGCGUACGUGGACGGCGCGUCUUCGGACUUUAGGAGACCGAUAGUCGCCCGGGCGCCUGCCGGACAGAGGGCGGCGGCGCCGAGCCGGCGCGGCGGCCGACCCGCUGUCAGCCUGGAGCCGCUCAGCCCGCCCCGCCCGGAGGCCCCGCCCAGGACCCCUGCUGACAUCGCCAUCGCUGUCACCAGCGGCCACUUGUUCACUUCGCCUCCGCCGCCGCCUCGUAUGGAGCUUCCCGAGCUGCAGGCCCCUCUGGACCUCUACGACGACAAGUCCUGAAGGCCGUUGCCGCGGCAACCCCGUCCCGCUCUUCCUCCCUCCUUCCCUCACCUACCAACACGCAAUGUGACUAAAUUAUUAUAUUGGGCAGCGUUGUCGAAACGAGCCCCCGGUGGAUCCGCCAUCCCCGUUUUUUGAGAGGCGGCAAACUUCAUCUCCCCUACGGCUCGGUUCGCUCCUUCCCGGGAAAGACUAUUACCGAGUGCCUGAACGUCGCUGGCGGCCGGAUCGGAACCGGCGGAGGGUAACCUCCUCGGGGACGACUGUCCGGGUGGCCCGACGAGCGGUCGGGCUGACUUUUCUACGCUAAGUGCCCGUUGUUUCAUUUUAGCACAACAAGCACUUACGUGCUACGACAGACGGAAGGCUGCCCUCUACUGGUUUGCGCGUAACCUACAAGCAACACAGGCACCCAUAAGUCACAAUGUGCGCCACUGGUAAAUUCCUCACCUCCAGAAGGCUGCCCUCUACUGGCUAACUCCUAACUGCAAUUAACUCCUGGAUGCCUGAAUUUAGAUUUAACAAAUAUAAAUCAAGCGUUGGAGGAAUACAUAUGUACACAAAGUACAAUAGUAUUUUAAAAAUGGGAAUGAAAGGAAACUGAGACAGUAAGCUAAAAUCGCAAGAUCUUAAAGAAAAUUUAAGGAUUUAGAAAAUAUUUUUUAAUUAACAAAACAUUACAAAAAUAAAAGGAAUUUCAAUUGGUUUUAUUUUUAACAGGACGUGACCCUGAAAUGGCCCUAAAUCAACAGGAAGUGACCCCAAAAUGGCCCCAAUUUAACAGGAUGUGAUCCCCAAAUCAAUAGGAAGUGACCCGUUAUCAACAGAAAGUGACCCUAAAAUGACCAAAAAUCAACAGGAAGUGACUCAAUAUCAACAGGAAGUGACCCUGAAAUUGACCCCAAUUUAAAAGGAAGUGACCUCAAAUGCCCCCAAAUUAACAGGAAGUUACCCUGGAAUGCCCCCAAAUCAAGAGGAAGUAAGUCGAUAUCAACAGGAAGUGACCCCGAAAUGCCCCCAAAUCAACAGGAAGUAUCUAAGGUUUUUACCAACCGUCAAAGCAAAGCUCCCAUCGCAAUUUCCCAGCAGGGCCGAGAACGAAAAGCGGUGUUUGUCAUGUGGCAAAAUGGAUUUUGCCAUGUGGCAUCUUUUUUGCCAUCUGGGGGAAAAAAAUUGCCAUGUGGAAAAAUAGAUUUUGCCAUGUAGCAACAUGGUGGCAUUUUUCUUUUGCCAUGUUUUUUUUUUUUUUUUUUUUUUUUUUUUUUUUGCCAUGUGUCAAAAUGGAUUUUGACAUGUGGCAUUUUUUUGCCAUCUGGAAAAAAAAAAUUGCCAUGUGUAAAAAUAGAUUUUGCCAUGUGAAGACAUGGUGGCUUUUUUUUUUUUUUUGCCAUGUGGCAAAAUGGAUUUUGACGUGGCAUUUUUUUGCCAUCUGGAAAAAAAAUUGCCAUGUGGAAAAAUAGAUUUUGCCACAUGGCAAAAUAAAUUUUGUCAUGUGGCAUUUUUUUUUGCCAUCUGGAAAAAUAGAUUUUGCCAUGUGGCAUUUUUUUAUGCCAUGUGGAAAAAUAGAUUUUGCCAUGUGGCAACAUGGUGGCAUUUUUUUUUUGCCAUGUUGCAAAAUGGAUUUUACCAUGUGUUUUUUUUGGUAUGUGGCAAAAUGGAUUUUGACAUAUGGCAUUUUUUUUGCCAUCUGGAAAAAAAAGAAUUUGCCAUGUAGCAGUUUUAAUUCCAUGUGGAAAAAUAGAUUUUGCCAUUUGGCAACAUGGUGGAAUUAUUAUUUUUUUGCCAUGUUGCAAAAUGGAUUUUGCCAUGUGGCAUUUUUUAUUGGUAUGUGGCAAAAUUGAUUUUGGUUUGUGGCAUAUUUUUUUGUGGUAUGUGGUAUUUUUUAGGUUAUAUGGCAUUUUUGCAGGCCAUGCGCAUCCAUGCCAUUGACGGCUAUGCAUGUCCAAAUUUUCCAUUUAUUUUAGAUCGCAAAAAAAAACGUGUGGCCGUGAUUGUUGGC